UAUUUGUCGCCCUCUAGCGGACACAUUAGGAAAUACCCGCUUGUCCCAAACAUUCCUAUUGCGGUAAAUGGCCUUUAAGCUGACCUCCAGACUGCGUGCCUUACCUCGCCAGGUGAGGUUCUGUCAGGCAGCCUUCUGUUCUUCCAUCGGCAGCAGGUUUCAGGUCCAACAUGACCCGCACGGACACCGAUUCACCCUCGUGCCAAGCGCCGGGACAGACUCUGAAGAGGUCGCAGUUCUGCUCUACAAGUUCACCGGAGAGAAGGAGGUGGACCUGAUGUCCACCUUCGUUCCUGAGACCAUCAGAGGUCAAGGUGCUGCAGCUGUGCUGUCUCAGGCUGCCAUGGACUUCCUGGUGAAAGAAGACCUGAAGGCUCGGAUCUCCUGUUGGUACAUCAAGAAAUACAUCGAGGAGCAUCCCGAGGAGCUCUACAAGGACCGCGUCAUCGCUUACACAAUUCAAAACUGAACCAAAGACGGACUUUAGAAUGUGAUUUCAACUUAAUUUAACUGUUUCUAUUAGAAUUUCUUUAUUUAAUUGUAAAAAGACAAUUUUUCAUAGUGAUUUUUAUAUAAACCUAAUAAAUUAUUUUUCAAUAAGA